GGGUCAGAUUCCAAACGACAUAUGCUUGAGCAGUUACAUUCUUCUUCUGCUGCAUCCCACUUCACCUUUACCUUCAUCUUCGCCAUACAGCAUAAUUGAGCAAGGUCCAUUGACCCUCUUCUUCUUAACAUGAUGAUGCGCAAGUUAGCAGCUCAAUUCAACACUUAUCUGUCUCGAACCAAAUCACCGCAUCUUAAUCAAUCCCGCAAUUUCUCAUCUUCGAAAACAACCACCAAAGAUGACAUUACUACUAUCGAGGAAGAUGCUGAAAGAAAGAUUGGAUGGUUAUUGAAACUUAUGUUUGCUGGGACAGCUACUUUUAUUGGUUAUCAGUUCUUUCCUUACAUGGGAGAUAAUUUGGUUCAGCAGUCUGUUUCACUCUUGCAAGUUAAAGAUCCCUUCUUUAAAAGAACUGGUGCUUCAAGAUUAGCCCGUUUUGCCAUCAGUGAUGAGAAAAGGAUGAAAGUUGUGGAGUUGGGUGGGGCUCAGGAGUUGGUACACAUGUUGGAGGAUGCUAAGGAUGAAAACACUAGGAUAGCAGCUCUAAAGGCUCUUGCUGCUCUUUCAUACUCUGAUGAAGCUGUUGGAGCUUUACAUAAUGCUGGGGCAAUUUCUGUCAUUAAGUCUACUCCCGAUUCUCCUGAGGAAGCAGAGAUCAAGAAUUACAAAUCUAGUCUGCUAAAGAGAUUCCAAGAAUUGAGAUAUGAUAGUUGAUUUUAAGUUGUGACUAAGGUAUAACCUUUACCAUUAUGGGUUGAGAAUACGGUUAGGCCAAAAAGUCAUGUUCACAUUGUAGAACGAGCUCUACUUCACAAAGAGAGGUUUUUGUCCCAUGGAAUAAAAGGAAAUUCGAAUAUUGCUUCA